AUGAAAUUAGCUCUUGUUUUGGUCGCUGUCGUCUUGGUAGUGAAUGUAGAAGGAUGGGGAUGGGUACGUAGAAUUCCCUUAGUACAUAUACCAAACCCUUCACGUUGGGGUAAGCGAGAAGUGAGAGAAACAGAUUUAGCUGCAGUUUUGUCCGAUGAUGAACUAAAAUCUAGACUUGGUGUCGCUGAUGAGAAUUUGACUGAAGUUUAUGAAGUUUAUGAUGUUAACGAGGAUGGAGUAAUAACAGUUGCAGAAUUUGAAGCUGUGUCUUCUAUCCUUGAAAACAUGCAAGGCGAAGAAGAAGGACAAUAG